CCACGACCGGCCUCUCGGCUCGGCGUGCUUAUCUCUUGAAGACCGGCCUCGUCCCCGCCCUCGCGGACGAGGGCCGUUGCUUGAUUCUUUCAGAUCGGCCUCUCAUUGCCGACACUGUCGUGUCAUGUUCGGCCCCCCGGCCCGGCGUGAUUAUCAUCUUUGAAGACCGGCCUCGUCCCCGCCCUCGCGGACGAGGACCGUUGCCUGUUUUUCUCAGAUCGGCCGCUCAUUGCCGACACCAUUAUACCACGACCGGCCUCUCGGCUCGGCGUGCUUAUCUUUUGAAGACCGGCCUCGUCCCCGCCCUCGCGGACGAGGACCGUUGCUUGAUUUUCUCAGAUCGGCCGCUCAUUGCCGACACCAUUAUACCACGACCGGACUCUCGGCUCGGCGUGCUUAUCUCUUGAAGACCGGCCUCGUCCCCGCCACCUCGCGGACGAGGAUCGUUGUUUGAUUCUUUCAGGUCGGCCUCUCACUGCCGACACUAUCAUGUUAUGUUCGGCCUCUCGGCACGACAUAUUUAUCUUUUGAAGACCGGUUUCAUUCCCGCGCUGCGUUGGAUGAGAGCCGUUGCUCGGAUAUAUCGGCCUGACCGGACACUAUUGCCAUCUCCAUUAUCAGGACCGACUGCUCAGCGAUAUUAUGAUCAUUGUAUAUCGGCUCCCAAUGCCGACCUUCUUGAGUUAGCGAUCGGGCUCACCCCUCCCCUCCAGGAGGGUGACCAUCGCCUUCGCAUGACGACCAGCUAUUCCGUCGCCUCGUCAUUUUAUUCGUUUUGGUAUGCCACCACCAUUAUGUGUGACAUCCCGUGAUCCCUGCGAGUUUCUUGGAUACCGAAUGUCUUCUUCGAUGUAGGAAGAUCGGUAGAACCACGGACCAGGGACGGACAAAGAAGAGCUAGGGAAUCUCGAUGUAGAUAAACCUGUUCCUCCUUGCGAGUUUCGCGGAUACCGAACGUCUCUUCGAAGCAAGAGCGCCGGUAGGACCAAGAACCAAGGACGAACGAAGAAUAUAGAUUGCCUCCCUCAAACAAAAAAAAAAGAUGGGGAGAAGAGGAGGGUAGCUCCUAUACGGAAGGGAAUCUUGCCUGGGUGUGCCAGAUCUUCCCCCACUGCCGAAGACGAACGCCUCUCGAUGUAGAGGUUAGUAGAGACGCGGAGGGGGCUAGACGAACCAAGGGAGCUUGCCAAGAUAAACCUGUUUAUCCCACAAUGACCAUGGAUCGAUGGACGUGGGAUAACAAAGUCGGGAACCCGUGAGGGUAAACCUGUUCGUCCCUGCGAGUUCCUUGGGUACCGAACGUCUUCUUCGAAGCAAGAGACGCCGGUAAGACUAAAAGGACCACGGACGAACGAAAAAAGGGGGAAUCUCGAUGUAGAUAAACCUGUUCCUCCUUGCGAUGUCUGCGGAUACCGAACGUCUCCUCGAAGUAGGGACGCCGGUAGGACCAAGGACCAAGGACGAACGAAGACUAAAAGACUCCACAAAAAAAAAAAAAUGUCAGAAGAGCAUGGAGCAAAGAACGAUUUUAUCCCUCGGCGCUAUUGGCCGGGAAGUACAAACUGGAAAACAUAUGUAAAGAAUAAUUACAAAACUUAAGUACGAAGAAUGAAGUGGCCGACGACGAUCAGCUAACAUCAGGCUUUGUUUUGCCUUGGACAACGAAUACCAGCUCCCCAGAUCAGACAGAGGGACGACGCCCAGGUCCACCUUUCCUCCCAGGAUGAAGUCCUGGCAGACGAUCGGCUUCUCACAGCCAAUCAGGAUAGAGACUUCACAUCACCAGCACGGCCGAAGGCCGUGAGACAAUUAUCACUCACCGACAGGCCGAGGGCCAUGAGAUGAUCAUCACCAGUCUUAUGCAGUACGAUCGGCCCCUUAGCGCCAUCGUACCCGGCUCACGUUCAGCUCUUCCAUCCCUUCCAGGGUGGCGAUGAACGUCUUAUGCAUCAUGAUCGGCCCCCCAGCGCCAUCGUGUCCGGAUUCACGGUUCGGCUCGCCCAUUACCUCCAGGAUGGCGACGACCGUCUUAUGCAGUACGAUCGGCCCCUCGGCGCCAUCGUACCCGGCUCAUGUUCGGCUCGCCCAUCCCUUCCAGGAUGGCAACGAACAUCUCUUAUGCAGCACGAUCAGCGCCCCAGCGCCAUCGUGUCUGGCUCACGUUCGGGUCGUCCAUCCCGUCCAGGGUGGCGACGAACGUCUUAUGCAUCACGAUCGGCCCCUCAGCGCCAUCGUGUCCUGAUUCACGGUUCGGCUCGCCCAUUCCCUUCCAGGAUGGCGACGACCGUCUUAUGCAGUACGAUCGGCCCCUCAGCGCCAUCGUACCUAGCUCACGUUCAGCUCGUCCAUCCCUUCCAGGGUGGCGACGAACGUCUUAUGCAUCACGAUGGGCCCCUCAGUGCCAUCGUGUCCAGAUUCACGGUUCGGUUUGCCCAUUCCCUUCCAGGAUGGUGACGAACGUCUUUAUGCAGCACGAUCGGCCUCUCAGCACCAUCGUGUCUGGCUCAUGUUCGGCUCGCCCAUCCCUUCCAGGAUGGCGACAAACGUCUCUCAUGCAGCAUGAUUGGCCCCUCAGUGCCAUCAUGUCUAGUUCAUCUCCGGGUCGCCCAUCUCCUCCAGGAUGGGGACGGAUAUCUUAUGCAGCACAAUUGGCCCCGCCGUGCCAUUGUGUCGAUUUCAUGUUCGGCUCGCCCAUCCCCUUCAGGAUGGCGACGACCGUCUUAUGCAGCACAAUUGGCCCCGCCGUGCCAUUGUGUCGAUUUCAUGUUCGGCUCGCCCAUCCCCUUCAGGAUGGCGACGACCGUCUUAUGCGGCACGAUCGGCUUCUCAGCGCCAUCGUGUCUCUUUCACGUUCGGAUCGCCCCAUUCCCUCCAGGAUGGCGAAGAACGUCUUAUGCAGUGCGAUCGGCCCCUCAGCGCCAUCGUACCCGGCUUCACGGUUCGGCUCGCCCAUUCCCUCCAGGAUGGCGACGACCGUCUUAUGCGGCAUGAUCGGCUUCUCAGCGCCAUCGUGUCUCUUUCACGUUCGGAUCGCCCCAUUCCCUUCCAGGGUGGCGACGAACGUCUCUUAUGCAGCACGAUCAGCGCCCCAGCGCCAUCGUGUCUGGCUCACGUUAGGGUCGCCCAUCCCUUUCAGGAUGGCGACGAACGUCUCAUAUGCAGCACGAUCAGCGCCCCAGCGCCAUCGUGUCUGGCUCACGGUUCGGCUCGCCCAUCCCUUCCAGGAUGGCGACGAACGUCUCUUAUACAGCACGAUCAGCGCCCCAG